CUGUGACCGACAAUACUUAAUUCUGCGUCUGUUGCUGAGUGACUAGGAUCGCUGACUUCAAAUCACUUGCCCCCUAACGCUGUAGGUUCGAAUCCCGCCAGGGGGCCUCUUUCAUGUCUUGAAGAUGUAUAGCUAGUUUACUGCUACUCACGGAGGAGCAACUGAGGUCGUCUUCAAUCAGUAAAGUUUGAAUUUCGACAUAUGAAAUCUACUGCGCUGGUGCGACGUAUAACCAAACCAAAAACUACGACUUUUGAAAUAAUUCCACGCCUGAUGUUUUUUUUUCAGUCGAAAAAAACUACUUAAGUCAUAGUGAUUGCACAAAUGAUGGACAGAAUGAUGCAUUUUGCAAGACUGCUCCACCUAAAUGUUUUUCUUGUGAUUACACUUCUGGACUUUCCUACUGUGACGAAAUUAUGGCAUGUUCUAAUAACCAGACAUGUUAUGUUCAGAGUUUUACAAAUUUAAAUGGGCACACUCACUACAGAUCUGGAUGUAUAGACUAUCAGACCUGUCGUCUGAACGAGCAUGGGAGCAAUUCUAAGGGGACAUGUCUACAAUGCUGUGAUGGUAAUUUCUGUAACUCGCAUGGAUGUGGAGAUAAUGGUUUCCCGCCAAAACAAUCACGAGGCCCUCUUUGUCUCGACUGUUCGCACGUGAGUGACCCAGAAGAAUGUGACAAAAUAACUAUCUGCUCCUCGAAUGAGGUAUGCCGCAUCGAAGAGUUUCCAUGGGGUGACAAUUCCAUAUUUCACCUUGGAUGCGCGUCAGUCAAUGAUUGUGCUAUAGAACACAGAAUUUUGAACCCUUUCAACCAGAGGUCAGUUCCAGUCUGCACAGAAUGCUGUCAGGAGGAUUAUUGCAAUACAAACUGUACAGGAAGGACCCAUAAUCAACAACAGAUUAUUGUUGGAUAAAUUUAUCUGUAUAUGAUAAAUGUGUUCGAAUCUUUUUUCGAGUAUAAUUGAUUAAAAUA